GGUACUUGUUGCUGCUUUGAGAGUGCCUGUGUUGAGAGUGUCUUAGUGCCUGAGCCCGGGGAAAUGAGUUCACUCCUCCUCUGUCUGCUCUUUGUAGUCUUUUAUGCUGUGCUGAGGCUCGCCAGAUCUGAGGCUCUUCGGAGGAAGAGGAGAUACCGAAAGAAAAAGCAGAAAUCAAAAGCUUUUGGGUGCUGUGAGGAAGAGCUGGAGGAGGCUGGUGCAUCCCUAGAGACAUGCUGCCCUGUGCACCUGGAGAAGUUCAGUUUGGCUCAGCGCCUCAGGCUGGUUGAGAGGAGGCUACAGCACGUGGCCAGACACCUGGAUGAAGUUCUGAUACCGCCGAGUGUGUCGACAGCUACGAUGAGCCAGUUCUCCUAUUUCUCUAUGAAAUCCACCACCUCUGCCCUCUGGAGUCCCAGCUCCUUUUCCCUGAGAGAAGCCACCAUGAUUCAGUCAGACCCCCUCUGCCACACCGGGGAGAUCAUGCCUGUCGGGGGCUGGGAAGGAUCCGCUCAUCCCAUCCAAGCCCAGCCUCUCCCCAGGCCUCCUGCCCACAGCAGACGAGACCGGCGAGAGCAGACCAUGGGUCUGGACCAGACGUCAGUCCGUGGCUUAGACUUCAACAUCCGCCAGAAGCAUCUGCAGAGUCAACUGGGGGCUCCUACCCCAUACACAGAGUCGCUGGCCAAGAUGAUCCCUAACGUCCCUGCUCUGCGCCCACCGGACAGAGACCCCAGGGUGAAAUUCAACAUGAGCAGGGUCCCUUUCCUAAGCUGUGAAGUCCUGGAGGAACUGGACUGUCACGUGCACACAAAGAGACUCCAGCAUGAGCAGGGCUUACCCCUCACCCCCCAGAAACCCCACACAGCUCUUCUGCCUCCAGCUCCACACCCCCCCCUCCCGGGGGAGCCAUUGCUGGGUGAGCGGGACACCAAGCAGCAAUUGAUAUUAGACACAGAUUGGCCCAAAUGUGGAUUUCCAGCAAAGGUCCCGGAGCCCCUCAGAUCCAACACCAGCCCUCAGCGUGCACAGGCGAUCCAGGAGCCAUGUGUCUGCCCCUCUGGACCCCUGCCUCAAAAGGCCCACAGGAUCAUGGCAUCCCCUGAUGCCAUCCUGUGGCUUGUGCCCAUGGUGGUGGUCAAGCUGCAGGAUCACAUUGCUCAGAAAUGCUCAGAGAUCCAAAUGGAGGCGUUCCCAAAGAUGCUGAGCUUCCUGGGCUCGAGUACCUGCAGCCCAGGAACGGAGCAAGACCGAGGUCUGGAGAGCAGAACGUGGGCCAUCUACCGAGUGGCUGCAGAGAAGGUUCUGCUAACCCCCUUCGAGAGGCAGGUACUGUUACAGCAGGACUCUCCGGCCUUAAAGGGACAGCAGCCUCAAGCACAAGCAACCCAUUGGCUAGCCAUCCCCAGCAUCACUGGGCAGAGGGAGAGGCUGGAUGGGGUGGCAUGUAUAACUAAAGAGAAGCUGAGCUGUACUUAA